ACAGCAGAGUGAAGUCGGUGUCUCGGCAGCUCCGCUCUCCGUCUCUCUCUCUCUCUGUCUGUUGAGAACCAGCCGAGCCUGUAAACAACACCGAAGAGCCCCGGCUGUUUGUGGGAGAAUCUCAUGACUGAGCCCGCCGGUGCUUUUACCGACAGUUUUGGCGUCCGCCGGUGUCCCUCCGUCCAUUUCCACCUCAUGUCCCGUGUUCCUGUUCAGGAUCGUCUCUGCAACACACUGAGGCACUGAUGCUGCCGAAAUGAGCUAACGUCUCAACUGUCUGCAAAGACAAAAGCAUCACUUUCACUGAAACCCGAGUCGUUGCCUGGCGGCAGAUGUCUCGUAGCUUCCCUCAGAGCUCAGAGGCCAGUUGGAGUCAGGGGGCGGGUCCUCAGCAGCAGCAGCAGCAGCAGUGAUGCGAGCUUCAGUCGCAGGCUGCAGGAUGAGCGUGGGUGCGCUCCUUAACGGGCUGCUGGUCUCCGUGGUCGCAGCUCUGCUUUGGAAGUAUUCCAAGCUGAGCGAGCACGCUGCCCUGCUGGAGGAGGAGCUGCACAUGACACGGCAGUCCCAGGAGCUCUCGCAGGCCCGCAUCGAUUACCAUGUUGCCCUGCAGGAUCUUCAGGACCACGGCACCCGCAUGGUCUGCACCGGGAAGAUGCACACCGACCGCAUCUGCCGCUUCGACUACCUCUGCUACAGCUCCGAGGCAGAGGAGUUUGUGUUCUUCCACUCCAAUUCCUCUGUCAUGUUGCCUAACCUGGGGUCUAGGCGCUUCCAACCCGCCCUGCUGGACUUGUCGUCAGUAGAGGAUCACAACACCCAAUACUUCAACUUUCUAGAGCUGCCAGCCGCGGCUUUAAAGUUCAUGCCCAAGCCUGUAUUCGUACCAGACGUGACGCUGAUCCUGAACAGAUUUAAUCCUGAUAACUUAAUGCACGUAUUCCACGACGACCUACUCCCAGUCUUCUAUACCAUGAAACAGUAUUCAGACUUGGAUGAUGAGGCUCGUCUGGUGUUCAUGGAGGGGUGGAGUGAAGGCCCGCACUUUGACCUUUACCGACUCCUUAGCAGCAAGCAGCCACUCCUCAAAGAACAGCUAAGAAACUUUGGCAAGCUAAUGUGUUUUACCAAAUCUUAUGUUGGCUUGUCCAAAAUGACCACAUGGUACCAGUAUGGGUUCGUCCAGCCGCAGGGGCCUAAAGCCAACAUUUUGGUCUCAGGGAACGAGAUCCGGCAGUUUGCCAGGGCUCUGAUGGAGAAAAUGAACACCACCAGGGCGGAGGAGGCCGAGAAGGACGGAGGGAGCGCUGAAGACGAGAAGGAGAAAGAGAAGAAGGAUGAUUACAUUGUCGUGUUCAGUCGCUCAACAACAAGGCUGAUACUUAAUGAGGCGGAGCUAAUCAUGGCGCUGGCCCAGGAGUUCCAGAUGAGAGUGGUCACAGUGUCCCUGGAGGAACAGUCAUUCUCCAGCAUCGUCCAGGUGAUCAGCGGCACGGCCAUGCUAGUCAGCAUGCACGGAGCUCAGCUCAUCACCUCACUCUUCCUCCCCAGAGGAGCUACUGUGAUGGAACUGUUCCCCUUCGCUGUGAACCCAGAGCAGUACACCCCGUACAAAACCCUGGCCUCCCUUCCAGGCAUGGACCUUCACUAUAUCUCCUGGAGGAACACUAAGGAGGAAAACACCAUCACCCACCCAGACAGACCCUGGGAACAAGGAGGCAUUGUUCACCUGGAGAAGGAUGAGCAGCAGCGGAUACUGGCCAGUAAGGACGUUCCCAGGCACCUGUGCUGCCGCAACCCAGAGUGGCUCUUCCGGAUCUACCAGGACACUUUAGUGGACAUCCCUUCCUUCCUGGAAGUCCUGAAAGAGGGCAUGAAGACCAAGCCCAGCUUGAAGAAGUCAAAACCGGCCAGCACGGUCCACCCAGGCCGAGUCAGAGAGCCUCAGUGUCAGACCUCAGUACAAACCACUAACGAGGCCAAACUCACAGUCUCCUGGCAGAUCCCGUGGAAUCUGAAGUACCUGAAGGUAAGAGAGGUGAAGUACGAGGUGUGGAUCCAGGAGCAAGGAGAGAACACCUACAUGCCUUAUAUCCUCCCCCAGCAGAACUACACCUUUUCAGAGAACAUUAAGCCCUUCACCACCUACCUGGUGUGGGUCAGGUGUAUCUUCAACAAGAACCUCCUGGGCCCGUUUGCGGAUGUUCUCAUGUGUAGGACCUAGUACAAACACCUCGCCAGUUUGUUGCUGCGCAGCUUCACACAAAGGUUGAGUCAUGCUUGUUCCAGACAAUCACAUGAAAUCAGUCAGGACAAUGUUGUGACUUGUUUUUACAAACCUAGAAGAGGCUGUUGGACUUUUUCCCGCCCAGCGCCGAGAGCACAGUGACUUCUGGACGAACUGGACGAAGAUUUUAACCACAGGGUCAGAACUCAACUCAACAGCCGUUAAUGAAUGGAAAGUAUAUUUCAUGUAACUAUGAAGGAAAUAAAGUGCUUAACUGUGUUUCUACUGAUAAGAACAGAAUUCAGAUCAGCAGAUUUAUUUAUGUGCAGAAUAAUAUAUAACACGUUUUUUUAGUUUUAGUCCGAACACUGGUUCUUUACCUUUUACAGUAUGCAAUGUAGCUUUUCUGUGGAGAGCUAGAGAGAUUUUAGAUUAGCAAGAUUUCUUAUGUUUUUUGACUUGUCCAAUGUUUACUGUGUGUGUGAUACCUGUGUGGCUUAGUUUCCCCACUUUAAUUUCAUACACCAUGUUUGCAUAAAUGAGCCAAUACCAAAGCAACUUCUCCCAUGUUAGUUCAGCCAGUCAUCAUUCAUGCCAUAUCACUCUUUCAUGUUAUGAUCUCUCACACAGACGGUGACAAGUUAAAGGAAACGACGUAAAGUGUCUCAGUCAGGUGUUGUUGUCUCCACAUCAGCUUCAUUGCUCCAGGUCUCUGACCUAUACUGGAGGACCAACCGUUCUUCAUCAACAUAUUCCCUCAUGUGGUGUUUAGAUGAUGGUGGUAAGAGCGCUGUCCAACAUCUGCCAUAGUGCAACUGGACUGAGAUCUGGUGACUGUGAAGGCCACAGCAUAUGAUUGACAUCAUCUUCAUCCUCAUCAGACCAUCAGUGACCCCUGUGGACGUCAAGUCAGUCAUUAAGAUACAGAGAGAGAGAGAGAUAAGUGGAGAAAGUGGGAUAGAAGAGAGAAAGAGAAAUAAUUAUUAUUAGAAUAAUAUGUUUUUUAUAUAUAUAUAUAUAUAUACACACCACCCUUUGACUUUAAUUGAAUACCACUCUAAGGGGACAAGUGGACCCAAACCAUGGCAGCAAAAGUGGAUCUCCUCGCUGUAGGGGUCCAGCAUUCAGACCUGGAGCAAUCUCUUGGUGUAGACCACACAUGACCUCACAGACCUGUGGAGAACACGGUGAAGGACGAGUCAUCUCUGCAGACCAGAGCCUCUGGUUUCUGCUCUGUAAUGAGGGUUCAUCACUGCAGCACUAUUGUAACAUCCCCUCUGUGUGUAACUGUGGACGACUUGUUGGUGACUCAGUGUGAUCACGCCCUGCACUGACAUCCUCGGUCACCUUCUGUUUUUCUUACAUAUUACACUGAUGUCUGACCCUACUCACUGACGUCUGUCCCAUAGAGCUAAAUGCAGAUGUCACUUCAGUCACUAGCUGUGUUUCCACCGCAGUUUUGCGCAAUAUACAACCAAUUCUUUUUCAGAAAAGUCGAUAAAACACAGUUGUGAAUGGUCUGUUUCUAGUGAUGUUAUGUGAACAAAGCUGGGUUUUCUCCCUUCAAGAUAUCAUUCCAAGUAAACGUGGUGACGGAUUUGCAGCAUCUGCUAAUUGUUGGGACGAAUGCGUCCACCACAGCAGGUGCUGUAGUAUUUGACCGAAGGUGACGAGGACGUCUGGGGGCAUGUAAUGACAGGAAGGCAGCGGCCACGUAUCAGGGAUUUUUGGGAGAUAACGGUCUGCAAUGUUUUUAGAUGUCAUGUGACUUGAAAGUGGAAAAAGUCUUUCCGUUUCACUUUUGCAAAAAACAGUUUUGUCGAACAGUCUGAAAAACCACCUCGUGAGUGAAUACUUUUUUUUAAAUUCACGUCUUUCUUUUACUCGUUUUUAAGUUCGCAAUUUCAAAUUGAGCAGCUUAAUGAAAACACGGCUAUUGUUACUACGGAAACACCAGUUUCAAGUUCCAACAAUGAACCCUCUUUGAAAGUCCCUUUUCCUCUUGCUACAGAAUCAGAAUCAGCUGGGCCUGAUCAGCAUUUCUAUACCUGUCACAGAGCAGCUAUAAUUAAUGGUACCAGGCAGUUCACCAGUUUUUCCUUUAAUUUCUCACCGUCUGAUUCAGCUUGAAACAUUGUCUCUAAAAUAACAUCGUAAAAGGUUUGUGUAACAGACGUGUCAAGCAGGAGUUUUUCUUGAAUGCCACUCGAAUCAAUGAAGACUUGUGUAAUUUCAGAUUGGUUAAUGGAGGAUGUUGUGCUCUGUAACAGCAUCACCUUUUAAUGAUUUCCUCAUGUCUUAUAACUGGAUGAAUAAAUACUCUUCUCUAAUUGGCGCUAAUUACAAGUGUAAAAAUUAUAACUGAUGUGGUCGUAGAAAUGUAGCAGAUGGUUUAUAGACAACACACUGCCACCAACAUAUUGUUUUAUAAUGUGCCAUUGUUUUUAUAGUGUCAUUCUUAUUAUUGUCCUCGAAACAUUACACUGGCGUCUGUAAUGAUUUGGACUUUGCCAUGCGUUUUCAGUUUUUCACCGCACUAAUAUUUCCUCUGAAGUUCUCGGAUGCAGUUGUGUUCGUUCAUUUGUGCACUUUUAAGAGAUUAUUUGGAGCCAUUGUGCAGGAUGUGAUUGUGUAGAUGUGUAUGUGUUUGUAUUGUUGUUAGAUCUGUGUGUCCUAGCUCAGUGGAGACGCCGUACUGUUUGUGCUGAGUGAAAGAAGAAGAAGAAGAAGAGUGUCUCUGUUUUCUACAUUAGCAGUACUUGGAGUUUCUUUGUCAGAUCGAAUAAAGAAGCUUAUUUCUUA